GAGGACUUGCCAUUGCUUUUAUCAAGUGCUUGCUAGCCAUGGGUGCCAACUAACUUCUUCGAUUGAAGGCCGGAGGAUCAUGUCUGGUUCCAGGAGCCGCUUGAGCAGGUCCUGGCAUUCGGUCGAGAUGCCCAGAUGAGUGGGGAAGGACACCCCCUUCUGCUGCUGCCACAGCAUCUUGGGGAUGUCUGUGUCAUCAAAAGGUAGGCUGGCACAGAGCAUGACGUAGAGGACCACGCCCAUGCUCCAGAUGUCACCCUUCUUGCUGUCGUGGGGAAUACCCUGCAGCACCUCAGGGGCGGCAUAGGCUGUACUGCCGCAGAAGGUCUGGCUCAGCUCCCGGCGUGACUUGGGUAAUACCUUGGCAAAGCCAAAGUCGGUCAGCUUGAGGUUGAAGCCCUGCAACAAGGCGUUCUCACAUUUGAGGUCCCGGUGGGCCACGCCACAGCCAUGGCAGUAGCGGAUGGCCUCGACCAUCUGGCGGAAGAGGGCCUUGGCCCGGCUCUCAGGCAGUGGCCCCCCAUUCAGCACGCAGUCAAAGACGUCCCCUCCCUCAGCCAGUUCCAUCACCAGGUAGAUUUUCCCAUCUGCAGACUCCAGCAUCUCAUACACCCGGAUGAUGUUUUUGUGGUCCAGGGUUCGGACAAUCUGGAGCUCCCGAGGCAGGAAUCUCUGGAUAAACUCUGAGGAAACAAAGAGAGAUGUACAUCAAGAUCAGAAGGGCCUAACUCCUUACUCCUGACUCUACCCGCCAUGACUGGGUCUUAUUCCUGGGUUAAAUAGUUUUAGAUAUGUCUAGUGGCUUAAACAUUGCAAAGUAUAUUCACUUAUUAUCUUUUUAAUACAUUAUUCAGAGGAACUACUCUCUGCCAAACUCAGGGACUACUGUGAGACCACAGAUAUUAAGCUGCUUUGGGGACUUUAGAGGAAGCCACUGAAUCUCAGGAGACCUGAUUUGCCCACAGGGUGGAGAACCACCUCCUCCUACCCCUACCUUCUGACCCACAGUUCUUUCCAGAAGCCCAGUCUUCCUUUUUCCAGCCUCCACCUGCCUUGGAACCAGCUCCUGCCCUCUGUUAGCCCUGGCUGUGGCGUCUCCCAGUCUCUGUUCCCCUCCUGGAAUAGGAAAAGCCCCAGGACUCUUCACUUUGUGCCAAUUUUAUCUUGGAUUUGAGGUGUGAUGUUCUUGGAAUCCCAGCAUCCCUGUCCCCCACUGACCUACCCCAGGGCCAUAAUCCUCCUCGGUUCCGACUAAAAGGAAGGAGGGAGAUUUCAGUGACUGGAGGAAGUACCCACCCACCUCAGCCAGCCCUCCCUUGCUCCAAAGGGGCCCCAGCUCACCUUCUGGCCCUCCCAUCUUGUCUAUAAUUUUAAUUGCCACUUUUCUUUGGUGUUUUUUGGAAAAUGCUUCUUUGACUUUUGAGUAGGUCCCUUCCCCAAUGGUCUUGCCCAGCUGGUACCCAUUGGAGAGCAGAAAGUCCUCCAUGCUGUCUAGCGCCUCCUUCCUUCCUAUCACCCUCUCAGCUCAUGCUGCCUCCGCGAGGCAGCUCUACUCCACCAUCGCCCUUGGCCUGCUCCUUUUCCCCCCAAGGACUUCAUCCACAGCCGCCCCCAGCGCUAGAACAUUCUCCGUCUGGACACAGCCGCGGGUGGUGGGGAGGGAGAGGGUGAGACAUUUUUAAACUACGGACCAAUUGUGAUGUAAAUGCUGUGUGACCCUUGGCCAAAAUGGGCAAUGGCCCUACCUGCCCUCACCACCACCACCACCAAACCCAACAUCUGUUAAGUCGCCGCCACCGCCUUGCCCGCAUGCCAGUCAGUGAGUGGCAGCCUGGUCGCGGAGGGCGCCCGGGGCGUCUGCAUGGGCCUGGGAUGCCCAGCUCCUCCUCGUGGAGGCUGCCUGCCCGUAGGUAGCCCUCGUCGCCUGCGCCCCCACCCGGCCGCCGGGGGUUCUGCGCGACCCGUUCUCCAAACACCAUGCUCUUAUAGUUCCCCGCUGGGGCCCGAGCUGAGUGCUGGGCGGCCCGGGGCGACAGGGGGUUCUCCGGCGGGAGGAACAGGCUCUGUGAGGUCAGCACGCCACGACCCGGGUCACAAUGCAGCCCUCCCCCUCGACGCCCGGCCUCGGGCGCACCGCAGACACCUGCCCGGCUCCCCCUGGACCGGAGCGUCCUCCCGCGGCCAGGGCUCGGGCAGCUGCUUCCAGCCUGGGACCGGCCUCGGUAUCGGCCUCCGGCAGAGCGCCCCGGGGCCUGGACAUGAGUGCCCAGGAGCCGCCCCAGGGUCGGAGAUUCCCCAUUGAGGCCGGAGACUCCCCUGGCCUUGCCGCCGCCCCCGAGUCCCAGGACAGCCCGGAGCCGGUAGCUACGGAGCACAACCCGGUCAGGCCGCUUCGACGCUGCCCCGGCUGCCACUGUCUGACGCUGCUACACGUGCCCAUCGACGUCUACCUGGCCAUGGGCGGGAGCCCCCGGGCCCGCGCCACCUGAGUGCGCCUGCGCAAGGGGGCUCCGCGGGAGCCGGGCGGGACGAGGCCAGCCGCGGGCCACCACACAGAGGUCGCACGCUCCGAGCACGAGACAAUGAUGCACAUUUUAAAAUAAAAGAAUGAUGCACAUUUUAAUAAAGCACAGCAUAAACUGUUCUUUCCA